UAAAGUUUGUGAGUAAGAAGAUGCAGAAGAAGGAGCAGGUGGCUCAUGAGGCGGACAUCCUGCAGCACGCACAGAAUCACCAGCUGGUGGCGCUGUUGGACACAUACGAGUCUCCCAGCUCAUUGAUGCUGAUCCAGGAGCUGCUGGAGGAUGGUCGCCUGCUUGACUACCUUGUCGCCCACGAUGAGCUGAUGGAGGAGAAGGUGGCGUUCUUCAUCCGAGAGACACUCGAGGCGCUGCAGCACCUUCACACCUGCAGAGUAGCACACCUGGAUCUCAAGCCUGAGAACAUCAUGGUCGACCUUCACUCUCCCACCCCGUGCAUUAAACUCAUUGACCUCGGCGAUGCUGUCCAGCUCUCCGCCCACCGUCGGUACGUCCACCUCCUGCUUGGAAACCCAGAGUUUGCCGCGCCCGAGCUCAUCCGUGGGACACCGGUCUCUGUGGCGACGGACGUGUGGAGCGUUGGCGUGUUGGCUUACGUGAUGCUCAGCGGCGUUUCCCCAUUUCUGGAUGAAUCUCCAGAGGAAACUUGCGUCAACAUCUGCCGCCUGGACUUCUGCUUCCCGGAUGAUUACUUCCGCGAUGUGAGUCAGGCGGCGAGGGAUUUUGUGUCGUCGGUGCUGCAGCAGGAUCAGAGGAAGAGGCCGAGCGCUACUUCCUGUCUGCAGCACCCGUGGGUGGGUCGUGGGGGCGCACAUGGCGGGGAGCACUCCAAGACGCCUCUGGACACCACGCGGCUGGCCACGUUCAUUGACCGAAGAAAACAGCUGCAUGACGUUAGGCCCAUCACUAAUAUUAAAGGGCUGGUGAGCAGCAGCAUGGGCAACACACUGUGAGACGAGCUCUGAGUGUCCGAACAUCCAAGAACAAACCACCAGGAAUAACAUCACAGUGUAUUUGAAGCAUUUAAUCAUCUUAAGUAUUUAAUCAUUUGUGAGUGGGAAAAGGAUUCGGUGCCUUUGGAGGGAGAUUGAAUUUUCUGGUCAGUAGCACCACAAGGCUACGUCGGUCCAAAUCUAUUGAGCAAAGAAAGUCGUUCGAUUUUAUGGCCGCACGAUAUUUAGUUGUUAAAUUUAAUUUACUCACCAAUUAUCAAACGUUACCUGAGACGACUUCCCUACAAGAUCCCAUCGAAGUAGCUCAGAGAAAAUCACCACUGUGAAGAAGCAUGAUGGCAACAUGUCGGAUUCUAUUUACUUCGAAAUGUUUAUUUAUACAGAUAAAAAAUUUAUUUUUUUAACAGUCUGUUCAUCCGUAAUGUGGAGCUAAACCUUAACUUAAAUCUGAAGAAGGUUGGUUCUUACCCUUUCCUUUCCCUAACCUGAGACACAAUGCUCAGGGACACUUGGGCAGUUCCAGAACUGGCCUGUUGGCGGCCUCACUAGUCAACUGGCCAAGAGAAUCUAAAUCUGAACAUGCUACACAGCAACAAAAGGUUUUAAACCACUAGAGGGCACUCUGUUAUGCUAGAAUAACAAAAUCCUGGCUUGAUGUUUUUGCGUGACCAGCGACUGAUAUCAAAAAGUUAGAAAAACUGUUUAAACACUGUGAUGAAUUAUCUUAAUAACGUGUUUGCUGUUGUCUUAUUUGAGCUAGAUUAAGAUCCACGAUAUGUGUUAGAGUAGUUAGAAAACCUGGGAUGUUGUUUUUUAAUCUUUGGAUACGUAGUGAGUGGAGCAGAGGUCCAUGUCUCUUUAUGCUCGACAGUACUGACGUGAUUUUUAGCCCUUAGCGACUCAACCGGAGUUUAAGAUUAAGUGAAAAAACUAAGUCAACUAGGAAGAAAACCAGCUUCCUAGUCUCCUCUCAAAAAGUUGUCUAACUUUCUUCCUUGAGUUUGAAAGUCGAAUCACUUAAAGAACGGGCCACACAUGAUUUCCUGUUUCAUCUGUAUCGCAAACUCUCCGAAGAUGUGAGAUGAGUACGAACAGAAGUCUCCGACUGUUUCCGUACACAAAUCUUAACGUUUAGCGUGAAUUAGCCCGGAGGUGUCUGAUGUGACCAGAGACGGUCCACCAGUGGUUUCUGUCAGAAUUUGACAUUUCACCCAACAGCAAGAAUGUUUCACUAAUUGUGCUGUUGAACAUGAGGUGAUUCGUCAAGGAGGUCAAAUGAAACAAGACUUUUCCAACACCAACAUUUCUCAUUGUCUCAGUUUGGUCACAAAUAAAAAAUAAAAAUCCUUCAGUCAAGAAACCAGAACUUAAGAGGAUGUUGUCCUCAUCUUGUUCGUCUGGCAUGAAGCAUAUUAGGGAUUCCUGGAUGGUUCCAGGGAACAGGUCCUGAAACCUCAACCACCAACAACAAAUCUUUUUUUGCCUGCAUUCGCUUUGGACCUUGUGAUCGUAUACUUAUUAUUUAUCAGACGUAUUUAUUGAAUGUUUAUUUAUGUCGAGACUAAGGUCGAUCGUGCACCUGGACCAGUCUGAUACGAAGAUGAAGUCAAACAACGAGCUGAACUGAACUGAAGCCACUGAGCUGCUGCUGAAGUGAGCAGAGUUUACAUUGUGAACAGUGACCUGCUGCAGUUUUAUCAUCACCGACUCUUCUGCUCUGAACUGUCAUGAAAUAAGAUGAACUGGCUCGAAUGUACCAGCGGCAUCACUACCAGGAAUUCUGUACAUAUCGUUGGAUCUGUGACCACAUGGGGCAACGUGGAGGCUGGAAUCUGCUCGAAAGGACCCAAUUUGUUCGUCUCACUGUUUACAAGAACUUAGUAGAAUAAUCAGGGAAAACCUGCAUGUCAAAUCACGGGGGAUGGUUUAGAAGUCCAUCAACAAUUGGUGCGGAGAUGAGAAAUGAACUCGGAUCCCUGUCGUUUGUACAUUUGUCUACAACCAUAGAGACAAAUCACAGACUCUCGUGUUUGGUUCUCGUUUGCUUGUAAAGUUGCUGACCGGCUCUCGGACAGAAGAGUGUUCCACUGUCCUGUUUCUACUGAUGAUUGUAAUUUCUUGUAGAAUGUGUUCUGCCAUCACCAAAUGCUUUCACAUCAUUUUAUCAAUUACCCAGUUAGCAUUUAGCGUACUGAGACAGUAGGCAUUUAUUUAUCGUGCAGGCAGAAUGGUGACAACGUCGAUGGCCUCGUACAACAACAUCCAUUCACAUCUGCAGGUUUCAGUAGUUUGUGUUUAUCAGUGCAGCUGAUUUUGAUCAGUACAAACCCAGGAGACAAUCGGACAUCUUGUUUCUGCUUCAUUUACUCAACUGAAACUGGCUGUGAAAAAAAAGGCUCCAGAGAAAUACUUAAACUUUGACUUAAACUUUGUUUUUAGGUAAGAAGGUUGUUGUGAAUAUAUAAGUACACGUAUCAGACGUAUUGAUCUCACAUCCAGAUUGUUUAAUGCUUUCACUUAAAACCAUGCACUUGCACUCAGGCAGCCAGUGCUUGUGCUCAAACUGCGCCUGUACAAGACUCUCAUAGAAAUGAGAAGUUAACAUCGUGAACACAUAAAAUGCUGAAGCGCAGGAAAUCUGAGUGCAAGCACAGUUUGAGCUCAAGCAGGAGCCGUCAGAGUGUGAGCGCAGGGUUUGAGUGAAAGCAUUUCAAAGUCUGAACAUGAAAUCAGAAGGUUGAAACACCACAGGAAAAAAAUAAUAAUAAUUCAGACUUCACAGCUUCCUUCCCACCCGACACCAGAGCUGAGCCUUCAUGUAACCUCAGUUUACAUUUACACUGAAGAAGUAAAGUCUGUGUUUUAGUAUUUCACUGAAGUACUCAGGGUCUUCAUGACGUAUAAGGUCUAACCCAUGUCUAGUUCACCAGAAUGUUUAAGUUCGACUGAGGUCUGUAUUUCAUUUUAAUUUAUGUGACUCCUCUUAUUUAAUUGGUUCUUUUCUCUCGUCUCCUCUUUUGGAUUUAAACUUGUGCCGAGCUAAAGCUUGUAAAUGGAGAAAAGGAAGAAAUAUUAAAACUUGAGAAUGCAGUAGUAGUAUUGUACAUUAUGUAAAAAAAACAGAUCUGUCUGAAACCUGAACAAGCUUCACAUUCUGCUGCAACUCUUCUAACCUGCACAGCAGCCGAUCAAGAAACGUCACUGCAGAGGAUGUUCCAGCAAAUCAGGUCCUGAAUCACGUCACCUGAAGGUGCAACGAAAUACUUCUCAAAUACUGACUGUGAGUAAAGAGGGAUGAUGUAUCUCGCAGUGCAGGUGCAGAGUUCUUGUACAUUUUCUGACCCACAGUCUGCGCAGUUGUGAUCGGGGGGGUGGAGCCAUGGUAUCCUGGUCCUGCACUCGACCAAUCACGACUUAGUCUGGGCUGCCAAUCGUGAUGUUUCACCACAUCUUUAUAGCAUCAAUUAACUAAUUAAAACCAAACUUACUGGAACAAAUAGCACUUGACUGUUUGGUUUGGUCCAUGUCCCAUCUGCUAACAUGGAGGAGGAAAGGCGCAGCCUCCAGGGGGCAAUGAAGGUGAUUCAGCUUCAACGAUACUGUGGCUGAAAAGAUUCAGAGGGUGAAGCAUCAUCACCUUUUGAGCGUCAGGAUCAGUGACGACAUUAUUUAGUGUAAAUUUGACUCAUGUAAAGAUGUAAAUGCACCCGGGAUUCAAACCUUCGCCCAAGUCUUAGUUUUUAUUCCCAUCCAGGAUCACGACCCCGCAUGUUUCAGACUGACCUUCAGUUCUUCGUCUCUGAAGAGCUUAACUUCCGACAUUGUCGCCUCAGUCCCACUCCCACAAUGCAUCUGUUAUGGCUUGGUGAGCAGCGUCGCACCGUGGUGGCUCCGCCCUGUUGAAUGUGCCGUUCCCUCCUGACCGUGUUGAAACGUUUUCCUGUCGGCUUCAUGUCAAACUGCUGUAUGAGCUGCUUGUUCCCUUCGACCUGCUGGUUUGUUACUCUUUACUAA